CCAUAAAUAAAUUGCCAUGGAUAUACACAAUGAAUGUUAAAGCAAUGAUGCCAAAAUCAGCAUCUUCCCGAGGAGCAACCUUUUUCAUAGUGUUCCAUUCCACCGCGCGCGCCGUAAAAGCUAAAAUACGCCACCAUAGUUACAAAUCAAAAUAAUGCAUGAACUUAAGCAAACCGCCUCAAUUUUAUUACUACUAUAAUUUAUUAGUUUCCCUUAAAUUUCUAAUACGACAUCUCUUUGAAAAAUUUAAUUAAAUCUGUAUCUUCACCUCUCUUGAACCGAAUUCUUGUCGGCGAGUUCUGAAUUAGACUUCUUUCUUCUCAAUUUUCCGCGCGAUGGCGAUCUUGGACUCGCCGGAGAUCCUCGGCGCGACAUCGUCCGGCGCCGAAAAUGGUGGCGCACACCACGCCACUCUUCGACGGAGACAGAGUGCGCUCUCUGUUCCGCCUGUUCUCGACUCCGAUUCCAGCUCUCCGGAGGUGGAGAGCCCAAUCAAUGAUUCCGAAGAUGACCGAAACGACGCUAAUUUGAUGGGGAAUCCCCGCCGCGGAGCCGUGGAAUCCGAGAACAAGAAGCAGGAUGUGGGGUUGAGUUAUGUUAACGAGGAGGAGGAGGAGGAGGAGGGCAAAGUGAAGGACAAUGGAGAAAGUAGUAAUGGCAGCGGAACGGACGCCUUGGCUGUCAAAUUGACAUUCAGAGCAGCGGCGCCAGCACACCGCAAAAAUAAGGAGAGUCCUCUCAGCUCCGACGCUAUCUUUAAACAGAGCCAUGCUGGUUUAUUCAACCUUUGUAUAGUGGUGCUUGUUGCUGUAAAUAGCAGACUUAUAAUUGAGAAUUUGAUGAAGUAUGGAUGGCUGAUCAAAGCAGGAUUUUGGUUUAGUUCGACAUCACUUAGUGAUUGGCCACUGCUAAUGUGUUGUCUUUGUCUUCCCAUUUUUGCACUUGCUGCAUUUCUUGUGGAGAAGUUAGUGAAACUGAAGUAUAUACAUGAGUGGGUUGCAGUUUUUCUACACAUAAUAAUUACAACAACAGCGAUCUUGUUUCCGGUUGUUGUCAUUCUUAGGUGUGAUUCUGCUGUACUAUCUGGUGUCGCGUUGAUGCUCUUUGCUUGCAUUGUAUGGUUGAAGCUGGUUUCAUACGCACAUACAAAUUAUGAUUUGAGAGUACUAGCAAAAUCACUUGAUAAGUGGGAAGCUGUAUCCAAAUACUGGAACCUUGACUACUCUUAUGAUGUUAGCUUUAAAAGUCUGGUGUAUUUCAUGGUUGCUCCUACGUUGUGUUACCAGCCAAGCUACCCUCGAACAUCAUGCAUUCGAAAGGGUUGGGUGGUGAGGCAACUCAUUAAGCUGGUAAUAUUUACAGGAUUCAUGGGAUUUAUUGUAGAACAGUAUAUAAAUCCGAUUGUUCAAAAUUCUCAACAUCCCCUGAAAGGGAAUCUUUUGUAUGCCAUCGAGAGGGUCUUGAAGCUUUCAGUUCCAAAUUUAUACGUGUGGCUCUGCAUGUUUUAUUGUUUUUUCCACCUCUGGCUAAAUAUACUUGCUGAACUUUUAUGCUUUGGGGACCGUGAGUUUUAUAAGGAUUGGUGGAACGCAAAGACAGUCGAGGAGUAUUGGAGAAUGUGGAAUAUGCCUGUCCAUAAAUGGAUGGUUCGACAUAUAUAUUGCCCAUGCUUACAGAAUGGGUUACCAAAGAUAGUGGCAGUUUUGAUUGCAUUUCUUGUGUCUGCAAUUUUCCAUGAGUUGUGCAUUGCUGUCCCUUGCCACAUCUUCAAGUUUUGGGCAUUCUCUGGUAUCAUGCUUCAGGUUCCUCUUGUAAUCGUGACUAAUUACUUGCAAGACAAGUUCAAAAACUCAAUGGUGGGGAAUAUGAUGUUCUGGUGCUUCUUCUGCAUCUUCGGUCAACCUAUGUGUGUGCUGCUGUACUACCAUGACUUGAUGAAUCGAAAAGCUAGCGCAAGGUAGGGAUAUCCAUCCUCAAAAGUUUAUGUUCCAAGUAGAAAACACCCCCGCUCACCCCUCGCCCGAAAAAAUAAGAAGAAAAGAAGAAUCCUGAUUGUGUGCUGAUAGAGAACUUGCUGCAUCUUAUCUGUCUGAAACAGCUUGGAGUAGUUUGUUAUCUGCCUCGGUUCCUGACUUUAUGAUUUGUUGUAAUGGGGGUAGGGGCCAUCAAAGUUUUGUCUAGUUUUCAAGGAAUUACAGAAUGCUCUAAAAUUUGAUGAAGCAUCCACAUUUUCACACUGGAAAUGGGUUGAAUUUGUACAUUUUUUAUUUCUGUGCUAUAUCACAAUUUGUAUAUUCUCGCGAAAA